AUGAACAAUCGUUACCUCGUCCGGGAGGUCCAAACAAAGCAAGAGUUGGACGAAGUACUGGAUGUGAUCUGGGCAGCAAACCACACCCCGUACGAACCUUUCAUUCAACUGUUCUUCCCGGUCCUUGGCUUCACACCUGCGCAUCGAAAGGCUGCGCUCAUCGAGUCGAAAGAACGGGUUUGGAAACAACACACAUCAGACCCAGCAAGUCACUGGCUCUAUGCUUUCGACACGGUCACCGACCAGGCUGUUGGCUGCGUGCAAUGGGUGAUAUCGACGACCAACCCAUUCGCAAAAGGUGUACCCAAACUCGAAGCACCAUGGUGGCCUGAGGGUGAAUGUCGAAAAUUCUGCGAAUCGAUCUUGAAUCAAGUCUAUAAGCCGCGGGCAAACUGGAUGACGCGGCCUCAUUGUGCACUAAAUUGGAUGGCGGUCCAUCCCGCACAUCGUCUGUGCGGUAUCGGCUCGCUCCUCAUGAAAGCAGGUAUUAAGAAAACUGACAAUCUCAAUCUUGAAUGUUGGUUGGAAGGGUCCAGUAUGGGGAAGCCACUGUACGAGAAGUUUGGUUUCCAGUCUCUUCUCAAGGUAGCCUUCGACACCGAAGUGCCAUGUGCCAGUGACGAAUGGCGGAAAUGUGCACACGAGAUGACGCCAGCGGCUGUGUUUGCCAUGUGGAGACCAAAGCGAGGCCUAUGGAGGCUGGAGAACGGACAGGAAGUGGGGCUGCCAUGGACUCUGGGUGCCCAACCAGUACUGAACGGUACAUCGCACAGUUUAUGA